GAAAGGGCAGGCCUGCUGCUCCCUCCUUCCACCCCCCUUCCUGCCCUGGGUGUGGAGCGCCGGCCAGGUGUGGGCUUGGGUGGCUGGUUACCGCCUUUUGCCCUGGCGGCCGCGAGGAGGGGGGUGGGCGCUUUCUUUUUCUCUUGGAAGAGGGUUUUAGCACAGGUUUUCUCGUUCUCACUUCCAACCCCUCCUCGCCACCUCCCGACCCCCCUCCUCCCCCUCCCCACCUACCGUCAUGACGGCGUCUCCGGAUUACUUGGUGGUGCUUUUUGGGAUCACUGCUGGGGCCACCGGAGCCAAGCUGGGUUCGGAUGAGAAGGAGCUGAUCCUGCUGUUGUGGAAAGUCGUGGAUUUGGCCAACAAGAAGGUGGGACAGUUGCACGAAGUACUAGUUAGACCGGAUCAGUUGGAACUGACGGAGGAUUGUAAAGAAGAAACUAAAAUAGACACCGAAAACCUGUCUUCAGCGCCGCAGCUGGACCAAGCCCUCCGACAGUUUAACCAGUCAGUGAGCAAUGAACUGAACAUUGGGGUAGGGACCUCCUUCUGUUUGUGUACUGACGGGCAACUUCAUGUCAGGCAGAUCUUGCAUCCUGAGGCUUCCAAGAAGAAUGUAUUACUUCCCGAAUGCUUCUACUCCUUUUUUGAUCUUCGAAAAGAAUUCAAGAAAUGUUGCCCUGGUUCACCUGAUAUCGACAAGCUGGACGUAGCGGCAAUGGCGGAGACUCUAAACUUUGAGAAGAAUGCCUCCGUCUCCCGGUAUGGAGCCUCUCAAGUUGAAGACAUGGGGAACAUAAUUUUAGCAAUGAUCUCGGAGCCUUACAAUCACAGAUUUUCAGAUCCAGAGAGAGUAAACCACAAAUUUGAAAGUGGCACAUGCAGCAAGAUGGAACUCAUCGACGACAACACGGUCGUGAGGGCUCGAGGCUUACCCUGGCAGUCUUCAGAUCAAGAUAUUGCAAGGUUCUUCAAGGGACUCAAUAUUGCCAAGGGAGGUGCGGCACUCUGCCUGAACGCUCAGGGGCGGAGGAAUGGAGAGGCCUUGGUGAGGUUUGUGAGUGAGGAGCACAGAGACCUGGCCCUACAGAGGCACAAACACCACAUGGGCACCCGGUACAUUGAGGUUUACAAAGCUACAGGGGAAGAUUUUCUUAAAAUCGCUGGAGGAACAUCCAAUGAGGUCGCCCAGUUCCUCUCCAAGGAAAACCAAGUCAUCGUCCGCAUGCGGGGACUCCCUUUUACAGCCACAGCUGAAGAGGUGGUAGCCUUCUUUGGAGAGCACUGCCCCAUCACUGGGGGAAAGGAAGGCAUCCUCUUUGUCACCUAUCCAGAUGGUAGACCUACUGGGGAUGCUUUCGUGCUCUUCGCUUGUGAGGAAUACGCUCAGAAUGCCCUGCGGAAGCAUAAGGACUUGCUGGGCAAAAGAUACAUCGAGCUGUUCAGGAGCACGGCAGCUGAAGUUCAGCAGGUGCUGAAUCGAUUCUCCUCAGCCCCUCUGAUUCCACUUCCCACCCCUCCCAUUAUCCCAGUACUACCUCAGCAAUUUGUGCCCCCCACAAAUGUAAGAGACUGUAUACGUCUGCGAGGCCUUCCCUAUGCUGCCACAAUAGAGGACAUUCUGGACUUCCUGGGGGAGUUUUCCACAGAUAUUCGUACCCAUGGUGUUCACAUGGUAUUGAAUCACCAGGGACGCCCAUCAGGAGACGCCUUUAUCCAGAUGAAGUCUGCAGACAGAGCGUUCUUGGCUGCGCAGAAGUAUCAUAAAAAAACCAUGAAGGACAGAUAUGUUGAAGUCUUUCAGUGUUCAGCUGAGGAGAUGAACUUUGUGUUAAUGGGGGGCACUUUAAAUCGAAAUGGCUUAUCCCCACCGCCAUGUAAGUUACCAUGCCUGUCUCCUCCUUCCUACACAUUCCCAGCCCCUGCAGCAGUGUUUCCUACCGAAGCUGCCAUCUAUCAGCCUUCUCUGCUCUUCAGUCCACGGCCACUGCAGCCCUCCACUGCAUACUACCCAGCAGGCACCCAGCUCUUCAUGAACUACACAGCCUACUACCCCAGCCCCCCAGGUUCGCCUAAUAGUCUUGGCUACUUCCCUACAGCUGCUAAUCUUAGCAGCGUCCCGCCCCAGCCUGGCACGGUGGUCAGAAUGCAGGGCCUGGCCUACAAUACUGGAGUUAAGGAAAUUCUUAACUUCUUCCAAGGUUACCAGUAUGCAACCGAGGAUGGACUUGUACACACAAAUGACCAGGCCAGGACUCUACCCAAAGAAUGGGUUUGUAUUUAAGGGCCCAAGCAGUUAGAUCGUCCUCAGAAAAGAAGUGUCUGAAAGACGUAUGGUGAUCCUGAAACUAUCCGACAAGAAAACUUCUAGCAAUUUCAGGGGAUGUUGUCUCCACUCAGGCUGCAGUAUUUUCAGACAGCGUGUCUGGACACUGGGCCUGGGCCUUGUCUUUUGGUGGGGUGAAAAAUGUUGAGCCAGUGAAGCCAAAUCUUUUUGUUUUUGUUUUUCAAGACAGGGUUUCUCUGUAGCUUUGGAGCCUGUCCUGGACUUGCUCUGUAGACCAGGCUGGCUUCGAACUCAGAGAUCCACCUGCCUCUGACUCCUGAGUGUUGGGACUAAAGCUGUGCACCACCAACACCUGGUGAAGCCAAAUCUUAAUAGCAAGCAGCUUGCACAUACCAGGCUCCUUGCUGAGUGCAAAUAGGAACUUAAAAUGUGAAUUUGAAGUCAAAUGUCUCACUUCCAGGUAAAGUGGCAUCAGUUAUUUCCUGUUUAAGUCUUUGAGUAAAAAGUAUCCACUGGUAUCCACUAUCCACCACUAAUUGCUAUGGAAGCUUCCUUGUGUAUUCCCACUCUUCUAAGUUAUUUAAGUGUACUUAAUUACUUAGAAUUCUUAGAAUACUAAGUACCAAACUAAGAAAAGAAAUAAAAUAAAACUAGUAUUUUCCCAAAUAUUAGUUUUCUUCAAUAUGCCAUCAGGAUGCCUUAUAGUUAAAAACAGAUUUUUAAAACACCUCAGACAGGCUGGGCCUGUAGCUCAGUGGUAGAGCUCUUGCUUAGUAUGCUUGAUCCCUGGGUUCUAGUCCCAGCACCCAUGUCCCAUCUCCACACAUACAUAUGCCUGGUUGAAGGGUUUGGAUGGCUUUCUCAGCAGGUACCAGUUGUAAAUAAGGAUAAAGUGGGGCCAAAAUUUGAGACCAAAAAUGAAGCAGCUACAUGUAGUUAGAAUUCGUAGUUUGAGCUGUAUGAAUGUUCGGCUUCAUGUGUAUUAUUUUAUAUUGUACUUUUUUCAUUGUUGAUGGUUUGGACUUUAAUAAGAAAAACUCCAUAGUUUUUAAUGUCACAAAAAGACUAUUUGAACAGUGUAUUCUGGAAAGCAGUAUACUAACCAAAGUGAAUGCUUGUAUAUAUUACGGUAGCCUUUUUCUCUGAUGCCUCAACUGUCGAGUAAUGAAAGCCUGUAAAAGCUUAAGGCUAGUCAGCAUGCUGGACUAAGGUAAACCCUGAUGCUGUUGGAGAGGAACCACAGCUCCGGGUUUAGCUUUGUUUAUGCUUCAGAAGUGCAAUCGUAGACACUAGCUAUUACCUAGCGCUGCCUCCUGUAACUCAAGGGGAAAUGCGAUUCGAUUAAAUGCACACAUUUCUUUGUUACUAAUGUUGUCCUUUGCUUGGAUGCAAUACCAUGCAGAUUUUGUGGCUGCUAUUUUUAGUUACUUUGCAUUAACACCUUGACUGGGAGUCAAGCAUUACCCUCUUACUUGACCGACACUAGCCCUUCAACUGCAGUGGGAAGAAAGAAGAAAAAAGCAAGUGCUUUGUGUGACCGUUGGUGAGAUCUGGCACAAAAUGAAACAAGGAAAAAGGUUUACACUUGAUGCCUUAAGCCACUCUGCCCGAAGCUCUGAGGGACUAAGACGGGCAGCAACACUUACACAGCAGACUGCAGCCUUUGUAGAAUUGUUACAUUCAGUAAUAAAACUCCCUGCUUAAUCUC